AUGGCGACCAUGCUCGACUCGAGGGACACGAGCAGCAGAUCGCUGCGGGUCCAGCUGACCUCGCAACCCCAGGGCAGUUCUGCAGAGCGUUUUGGAUACGAGCCCCCGGCACGUGUAGCCUAUCCGCCGCUCGUCGAGUUCAUCAGAGCGCAUGCUUUCAAUGCAUUUAUAUUCGUGGUGUUUGCAGGGACUGCAAUCUGGAUUGGUGUGGCAUGGGUCCAGCUGGCUGACGAUAGCAUGGCCAAGAAGAGCCCGAGUGGUCUACCUGCUGAAUUGAUUCCGCUCAUCAAGCUGCUUUCCGUGCCUCUGGUUUGUCUUCUUUUCACGUGGUUUCAUGUCUGGCUGGCCUUGCAGAUGAUGUUCUUUCCGAUCCAGUUCGUCGGAUGCCCUCGACACCCUAUUGUUCCUACCUGGCUUGGGCUUCCCAUAAAUGGAUGGCAGGGCAUUGUGCCACGAAAAGCCGAUGUCAUGGCACGACGAGCUUGCGCACGGAUGAUUGGAAACAUCGUCACAGUCGAGGAGUUCAUGGACCGGAUUGAGCCCCAGCACUUCUUCGAUGCUUUAGAGGAUCUCAUGGGUGGCCUUUGUUUUCAGGUUUUGGAAAAAAUCAUGCGGAAACGUUUGCCGACCGUCUGGUCUGCCCUUCCCAGCUCUGUCCAGCACGAGCUGAAGCUAAAAGUACUCGAGGACACCAAGCAGAGCUUUGGACAGGCCAUGGUGGACUUAAAGACGAACAUCAGUUCUAUUCUCGAUUUGCAAGCGAUGGCUGUUGAGACCUUCGUCAACAACCCACGUAUGAUGGUAGAUAUGUUCAGAUCUGUGGCGUUGAAGGAGCUGGUCUUCAUCCAACGCGUCGCAGCAGUGAUGGGGUUCGUCCUGGGGUUAGUUCAGGUAGUUUUCUACGUCAUGUUGAAAGACUACCCGGGAAUGGACUACGUCAUGCUACCUGUGUCUGGGCUGAUCAUAGGGUAUUACACGAACUUGUUGGCGCUGAAGAUGACUUUUCGUCCAGUAUGGCCUCACCAGUACUGCAAUGGCAGAAUCAUUGUGCAGGGGGUCUUCUUGAAACGCCAACGCGAGGCAUCGCAGAAGAUGGCAGAGCUGAUCUGCAGGAACGUAGUGGAUGCGAGAGCAAUGCUCAACUACAUGUUGCGAUCUCCGUCGUCCACGGGAGUGGAAAAGGUUUUAGACAUUUAUCGGAGCCAUGUCGGCCGCUCCGUCGACAAGAGCAUGGGCAUAGCCAAAAACAUGGCAAUGGUUGCCCCUACACUUGGUUUGCAGAUUGACGAGAUGAAACAAGAUGUGAUUGAUUUUUCGUUGGAGCUAUUGCCACAGCAUUCGAGGGCGAUUGAAGACUACAUGGACAGAACGAUGAAAGUGCAGGAGACUCUUACAUGGCGCCUUUCGCGCAUUUCGCCACCUGAGUUUGAAAGCAUAAUUCAUCCGAUCUUUCAGGAUGAUGAGUGGAUUCUGUUGUUGGUGGGUGGUAUUCUGGGCGUUGUCAUCGGCUUGCUACAGGCCUGGGCAUUGCAGGCGCUUUGA